GCAAUGUUUCGCAACGCAUAUCAGCGAGGUUUCCUGACUGUCUUUUCCAGCAGCGGAAGCAAGCCUUUGGAAAUAUGGGACGUGGUCACAAAAAACGGCCACUCCAAACGACUAACCGAUGAAGAUCUCAAGCUAAUGACACUGGAACUGAUGGGAGCUAAUGUGGCCACCACCUACAUAGUGGCUCCGAGAAGUCCCUGUCCCUCGCUGGGAGUCAAGCUGCCCUUUCUUGUGCUUCUUGUGAAAAAUUUGAAAAAGUUUUUCUCCUUCGAAAUACAGAUUCUCGAUGAUUGUAACCAAUUGCGACGAUUUCGGGCAUCAAACUACCAAAGUGCAACACGAAUUGAUAAUUUCUGCACAGUGAUGCCUCUAGCAUUAAGCCCAGGAUGGAAUCAAAUUCAGUUUAAUCUGGCAGAUUUCACACGGCGUGCCUAUGGAACUAAUUACAUUGAAACGGUUCGAAUCCAAAUCCAUGCGAACGUUCGUAUCAAGCGUGUUUAUUUUAGCGAUCGUCUCUAUUCGGAUGGAGAGUUACCGGCCCAACUGCGUCUACAUCCUCCUCUGAGAGCGAUCAAGGGGAAAAUUAAAAGGGGUUACAAAUCGGCCCAACCCAUAGAAACAGUUAGACCACCUACUCCGGAGAAAGAACCCGACGGAGCAGCGCCAAGUGAUGAUGUCGCACAGAUGACCCAGAAUUUGGGCAUAACUGAAGCAGCCCAAAGGACACCAACACCGGAAGCAGUUGAAGCGGCACAAACAGCACCGGAAGCAGCUGAAACUAAUCAGGUUGCACAGGAAACAGUUGAUGCGGAUCAAACGGCACCGGAAAAAGUUGAAGUAGCUCCAGUGGCAUCUGAAGCUCUUGAUAUCCCACAAACAAUUCCGGAAGGAGACAUACCGCCUGAAUCAGAAGUAAUUCCUCCCGAAGUACCGACGGCAACAUCAACUCAAGAAAUUACUGUUGAAAACUAAAUUAUGAAUGUUUUAUGCGGAUUCUUUAUACGUUUGUUUUCGUGUGCAAUUAUUUAUUCGC